AUGGCUGCCCUUGGUCACUUGAAAUGGCACUGCGAUGUCUCGCGGCUGGGAGGUAGCAGCGGCUAUAGGUCGCCGGUGAUUUGGACUCGGCUGCUGCUGCACGCGUUCACGGGGUGCAGUGGUUGGUUGUGGAUUUUCAUCCACUGGGACGUCGUGAACGAGAAUCUGCACUUCAACUUUUUCGAGGAAAAAUUGGGAAAUCAGGCUUCUCGGAUGUUCUAUUCGACGGCAAACCGGAUCGACGGCCGGGCGACGCCGUUUCUGAACGAUUACAAUACGAUUGAGGACAGCCGUGAUGGGGCUUCGUCCCCGGCUAGCCCUCAGCAAAGAUAG